AGUAUAAACACUAUUUGUACAAAACAGUCAUAGCAAGUUUGUUAGAACUUUGAAGGAAAUCCAUAUAACAACAUUAUAAACUAUAGGCAUAUUAAGCGAUUUAUGCGGUAAAGUGAGAUUGGGUUUUAAUGCAAAUGAGCGAGAGAAAAGCAGACCUGUGUGUAGAAUAAUUUGUUGAACCGUUUUUCAAAAUCGUCAAAAAGAGAAGUUUUAAAAUUUGCUAACCAUCGACAACGUUAUUCCGACUCAAAUGUUUUCUACAUCACAUUAGUAAGCAAACAUUAUGGCUUGCGAGUUUUGUUUUUUUUUUAUUUCAAGAGUAGAAGAACAGUUGCGUCAAAAAAAUCUUAUACGGGAUUUUUCUUUCUAUAAAACAAAUGGUGACAUAUCAGACGAAAGCAUGUAUGAAGCGAUGAAGCGAAACCAACAAACCAAUACACACCGCGUCGGAGAUACUUAACACUAAUGGCAAGGAGUUCGAUCGAUCGAUUAGCCAUUCUUCCCAACGUCAUACGAUACGCAAACUGAGCGAUAGCGCAUAGAUGAAACAGAGCAUUACAAUAGUGAAAAAUCUGACCUGCUCACGACAAACCCCUUUUGCUAAAUAUCGAAAUGGUACAUAAAUUUCUGUCAAAAGUUUCGCUCUAAUAGCUCUGAAAAUCGUGUUUGAUGCUCUAGAGAAGAAAUUCGCGAAUCCACAAAAAUUCCUGAUGAUGGCGAGCAGGACGGCGGCGGGCAUACCGAAAGUUGAAAACAACUUGGUGUUUCACUUUUCGGCUCAAGCUUGCCAACAAGUCGCUCGUCUCCAAAACUAUACGCUCUUUCUCUGCUGGCUCAUUCAUCGAGCUCGAGUGGACGCUAGAUCGACACACAACGACCAGAUGGCUAUUCGUUUGGAAAUUUAUGGAAAGAAAGCUACAACAUUCUGUGCGAGCAAAAAGUUUCUUGUACACAUUUUGCAUUACGCAGACCAAACCGUACAGCAGGGAGCGGCACAAUAGCUUCACAGAACCGAUGCCAGCGUAAAUAUCGUUACGUGUUCGAGAAAAAGGCGUUUUGGCACGAUUCCCGCUGUUGGAAGGAACAACAAUCGUAUCCAGCAAAAUCGAUUGAUGCCUCCGCCAAACACGCGUUGCCCGCCAACGGCAAAACUGAUAUUUAAGAAGACUCUUUUUAGCCUCUGUCUAAAUUGUGAACAACAAGCACGUGAAGAUGACGGCGAAAGCGUCUCCUCUAUCGCGCGAAGAAAAGUGUCAAGAAGCAGUAAAGUUAGGACAGUUCUUCAUUGACUCAGCAACGCUGCCUGAGUGCCCGUGGCCGUACGAAAGUUUUUACCAUCAGUUUAACAACAAAACCCCAACCCGUCAGAGCUAGCUGCUGACCGUGUCUCAGGGCUAGAGAGACACAGCAAUAAAAUAGGGACGAUUAUCGCGAGCCGUGGUGGAGCAAGAAUCUUUUAGAUACGUAGGUAAUCAAUAAAAUAAGUCAGAAUGGUGCGCAAAAAGCAUGAAAGCAAAAACCCAGGACGUAAACAAAAAGUUUUAGUCCGUGAAAUGGAAACGUAUGUUCAAAAUUGUUUACUACAAAACGGAGCAAUCCGUUGAAAACGAUAGACGUGUAGCUCGCCCUCGAAUUUUCAAGACAAAGCGAAUUGGAUUACGGUAAAGAGGCGGACAAAACAAUGUCACUGUGGCAGGCGAAUUGAUUCGCUUGACCAGGAGUUCGAAACUAGUCGACCCAUGCAUACUCGUUUUGCAAACAUUUGUAACUAAGAAGAUGUGUAACAAGUUAAACGAACGGCGCACAAAUCGGAGACAAAAAUAAAAAUGAAAGCAAAGAUCAAUAUUAAACUAUAAAAAAGGCUAAACUUUAAUUUAUCUGCCAAGGCUAGACUUGUGCCUGAACGAGGCACGAGAGAGUGUACACUGCAAACUGCUAUUAACAGGUAAGAUUUCAGAAUUGAUCACGUUAUUCAGCAGCUAUCAACAAACUAGCCGUGACCGCGCAAGAAAGAAGCUCUCAAAAGGUUCUCCUAAUCUUUUGAAACUUGCAUCCGAAUCAACGACGAUCUUAUAACGGUUUCAUAACAAUUUUUCUGAUGCUUUUUAGUCCGCUGAUAGAUGUGUGCUUGUGGCUGAUAAGACGACCCAUCAAGAAUGUUUCGUUUUUAAUCAGCAACCAUUCGCCAGUCAGUUUAACUGCACGAUGGCUCGGAUGUGGUACGUUCUGCUCGCUAGCUGCGUUGCUUGCGCUGCGUUUCUCUCGGUAGCCGAUGCUACCAUUAUACGUCUUAAUUGUGAAACGAUCGAUGAAAAGUGUUUGUUGAAAAACGUUUUCGCAACGGAAGAUGACCGCUUUAAGGAAAUUCGGAACGAACGGUACCAGAGCGUCAUCGAGUUCUUCGACUGCCACAUUCACACGUUGCCACCGAUUCCGUACAUUAACAAAGUGAAAGCAGAUGCAAUCAAUCUGGUGCGAAUCGAAGAAAACACCUUUAGCACGAUACAUGACCUAGACGUGUCUUAUAACAGACUCCGAGAGUUCUCGCCGGAUUCGUUCGAGUACCCGGAAGAGUUGCUGAAGCUCAACCUGAACGGCAAUCCAACGCUUAAAGAUUUCGCCUUUCUAUCGAAGCUGAGCGGUUUGAACACUCUUGACAUGGCCGAUAUGAAGUUGGAACUAGAGCUGUUGGAUACGGGUACAUUUUCCAAAAUGUCACAGCUAUCGAGGCUCAAUAUGAGCGACAACCGAAUUACCUCCGUUCCGGUGGGAAUGUUCGCUCCACUGGUAGCAUUAACUUACUUGGACCUGAGCCGGAACUCUAUCGCAAAGAUUCCGUCGGGCACGUUCGCCAUCGCUGUGACGCACGGCUACGAAGAGUACGGACUGUACCAUCAAGCAUUACACUUCGACCUGUCCUACAACAACAUAAGCAUCAUCGAGAACAACGCCUUCACGCACGCCUCCAAAAUCAAUCUGCAAAACAACAAGCUCAUCGGCAUUGGGCAGUAUGCAUUCGACAAUCGGACGGCGCUCCAAUCGCUGGAUCUGUCCGGUAAUGUUCAGCUGAGAAACUUUGACUUCCUGCACAACCUUCGCUCACUGCACGAUCUUGAUAUGUCGCGAAUGAACUUCUCGUUUGACAUCGAAUCAACGCCGCGAAACAUCUUCGACGAUCUCGACUCGCUGACAAUGCUCGAUCUCUCGCACAACCACAUAGGCGAAAUUCCAAUCGGAAUCUUUGCCGAGCUGCAAUCGCUUAACUUCAUCAAUCUGCGCCACAACAGCAUCUCCCACAUCGAGUUCGGCACAUUCUCGAUGCGCAAGUACGACCUGAUCGACGAGAUUGAUCUGUCGUACAACGAGAUCAAACAAAUCAACUUCCUUGUGUUCGUUCCGCUCAAGUACCUCAAAACACUGCUUCUGCAUGGGAAUAAAAUCUCGUCCGUCAACGCCAAGCAACUGACCCGCAACAAAAGCCUCUACAACUUUGGAAUUCAGAACAGCAAUGUGCGGUGCUUCGAUCUGAUUGAUUUGUUGGGAUCGCUUAAACUGGUGCACGAGCCGAACGAAUUUAUCUCGCACCUGCCCAACGUUGACGGAAUCAAAUGUCAACCGUGAUACAUAUUUGUCCCAUACACACAAAACCAUUAUUAUUUUAACUCUUUUGAAAUAGUGUAUUAUGUUUAUAGAACCUUUGGGACCUCAUUUGCCUCAUUCCAAAUGUAAACUAAUUUUGAAUUCACACUCUAUACAAAACAGACCAACUUUAAAUUAGUAUUGAAAAAUGCUUUUUUUCGAAGAACUGUUGGGUUUGGCUAGUCGGCCACCUAACCAGGGCUACUGCUCUGUUUCAGGCAUUCCAGCAAUAAUGAUCGAAGCAAACUGUGACCACAAAAAACCCCGGUAAUCCGGCAACCGCUCUACAAUGACCUUUAAUCUGCGAGCUUAACCCCCAUGAAAAUAGUUUCGAUUUUCUAGCCUGUUUAGUUGCAAUAAUUACGUGUUUGCGGGUUCAUAAUUUUGCGAGGUUAUAUCCCCAUCCCCCAGAUAUCGUUUAUUUUCCCGGAAUCAAUAAAACAAAUAUUAAAACACUUCA